UGGAGGCGGGGGGAGGUGGAGUCGGUGGGAGGACAUGAACCCGGAGGUGCUGGCGCUAGUGUUCGUGGGGAUGCCGGCGGACGUGCUGGCGCGGACGGUUCCGUUCGUGUGCCCGUCGUGGCGGGAGGUGAUGGCAGGGCCGUACUGCUGGUCGGAGAUCGACUUAGACCAGUGGUGCCGCCGCGUCGACCGAUCCGACGUCAUCAACUUCGUCGUCCGUCGCCUCGUCCGCCGCAGCAGGGGCACCCUCCGCCGCCUCUCCGCCUACCGCCUCAGCAACUCCGGUUUCGUCUAUGUCGCCACAUCUGUCAGGUUCCUUAGCGUCCUUCAAAUACCAAUGAGUGAUGUGACUGACCAGAUAGUGGAGAAGCAUGUAGAAUCGUUCUCAACUCUGACUGUGUUGGACAUUAGUUACUGUCUGAAGAUCACCUCCAAGGGCAUGGAAGCACUGGGGAAGCACUGCAAGGCUUUAGUUCAACUGACGAGGAAUAUGCCUCCACCAGAAUUUGAGACAACCCAGGAUGAUGGUGUGGCUGCCAAGGUGGAUGAGGGGGAAGCCAUGGCUAUAGCCAACAAUAUGUCUGGGCUUGAACAUUUAGAGCUUGCAUACGGGAAGUUCAGCCACCAUGGGUUGGCAGCAAUUUUGACUAACUGCACAGCUCUUAAAAUCCUUGACGUCCGUGGGUGUUGGAAUGUUAAGAUGGAAGACAACAUUGAGGCCAUGUGUGCCAAAAUCCAAUCCUUUAGAGAUCCCUGGGAGGAUGAUUAUGAGUUUAGUUCUUCGGAAGAUGAAGGGGACAACAGUAGUGCUGAAGACGUGGGACUGGUGGAUUGUGAUGCCUCUGAUUAAUCAGAUGAUGACUGAAAUGGUAGUUUGCCUUUUUGCCCAAUCUCGGUACUUCUCUUUAGCCAUUUAGUUAUGCUUGCUACAACAGUAUAGACCUUUUUGGUCCUUUGGGUCAUGCUUUCAGUUGAACAAUAGAAAAAAUUGAAAUUGAAAAGAAAGUCUUUUUAGCAUAUGGAUAUAUGUAUCUUGAAUCUUGGCUUCUAUUAGAACAUGAAGAGAGAAUCUAAUCUGAA